UUGAUGCCUCUGAAAUAUGAGUGAGGCAGCUCAAGGGCGUGGAGCUGGCAGACUAUUGAUCCGCAGGUGUUAAUUCUUCCUAUCAAAGAGCCUCGAAGUCCGGAGCCAAGGAGAGACCAUCCGUCAGUGGCGCAGAUCAGCGGAUAUCUGCAGCUCUCUCUCCGCUGUUUCCUUCCAGCUCUUCCUCUCUGAGCUCGAACAGAUGAGGCUCCAGCUGCCAGUCGAGACUCUUUUGCCAUUAUGGAUGUUUGGCCAAUCAAAAAAGUAAAGUAAGCGGCGGCACUAGCGUUACAUCUGACCCUUAAAGCCACAGAACAAACCGCUGCUGCUGAGCGAGAGGAGGAGGAGGAGAGCUGGGACUCACAGAGAGGAGCUUUUCGCAGACUUCUUCCCAUCCUCUGUUGCUCAUCUGUCCGCAGCCCAACACGGAUUCAUGCUCUGCGGAAAAUAAGUGACAUGCAAACAGGAGUGGAGGCGCACAAAUCCCAAGAUCCUGCAGGUUCAGCAGCGCGACGGUUUGGUAAGAAGUGAGGAGAAACAAACAGAAAACAUGAAGCCCAGGAGUCAGGAUCAGAGUUUGUCAGACUCCAGAGAGUUGGACAGAUCUUACGACCCGCUCACAGGUAAUCUUCCAUCCAAACCCAACAAAAAGACCCUAAAGCAGCGGUUCCUCAAACUGCUGCCCUGCUGUCGCUCUGGCUCCACCCCAUCAAUCGAUAAAAGCAAGUGUCAGACCACACAAUCGGAUCAAUCACCGUCCAGACGAAACACAUUUACACGUUUACUUUCACUUGUCUCCCCUUUGUUUUUGUCCACAUUUAUCCCUCCAGACUAUAAUACAGUCUGGUACAUCUCAGGGAGUAACUCUUUCUUUCUGUUCCUUCAAGUAGAAAGUAUAACAGAAGAUGGUGAACUGGCCACAGUGUGUUACAGACCGGAGGGCCUCGACAGUCUUGUACAGAAAACCAGCUUCAGCAAGAAAGAGCUGCAGGUUCUCUACAGGGGAUUCAAAAACGAGUGUCCGAGUGGCAUAGUGAAUGAAGAGACGUUUAAAAGCAUCUACUCGCAGUUCUUCCCUCAGGGAGAUUCAACUAUGUACGCGCAUUUCCUGUUUGAAGCCUUUGACACCCACAAUAAUGGAUCAGUCAGCUUUGAGGAUUUUGUCGUGAGUCUGUCUAUCAUCUUGAGAGGCUCCAUCACCGAUAAACUCAACUGGGCUUUUAAUCUGUAUGAUCUGAACAAAGACGGCUGCAUCACCAGAGAGGAGAUGACAGAUAUAAUGAACUCCAUCUAUGACAUGAUGGGGAAGUACACCUACCCCUGCAUGAGGGACAGCGCUCCAAAGGAACACGUUGACAACUUCUUCCAGAAAAUGGACAGAAACAAUGAUGGAGUGGUCACCAUUGAUGAGUUCUUGGAGACGUGUCAAAAGGACGAGAACAUCAUGCAGUCCAUGCACAUGUUUGAUAAUGUGAUCUAAACAUCGUUGGACAAAGACAGAAGAGGGACUUUCCAGCUCUGCUGUCCUAUCAAACUCCCAGUCAGUGUUUCUGGGCCUGAACAGAGAAGACGGUUCAAACGGCAAAGACCUGAGGAGCCCACAAAAACACCUUUUUAAAAUGUUACUGAGCAGAUUAAGUCGAAUGAGUCAAGUCUAGUUGGAAAUUGACUUGUGUGAAAUAUGAGAUUUCAUUAAGUGUAUAUGAAGGUGUUAAAAAGUGGAUUCUGGUGUUUUAAGAUAAUGACUGAUGAUCUCCACUGACGAACCAAUGCCUCAAGAAAACAGCACAACCAGUAGUUUCAACCUGUGAUGACUUCCUCACUCAACAAACGGACACUACGGUGUUUCUCUGAUGCUUGUAUUAAACACUAGAGAGAGACUGAAUGUGCAGACAUGUUGAACAUAUGCUGAAAAUGUAAAGUAUUUCACACGUAUCCUACCAUGAUGAGGGCGGCUCCAAGUUCAAAGCAAUAAUCUCCACACGUUACCGAUUCUUCUGCGUCCUCCGUUUUCUUACCUCUCACAUUUAUUAGAAUAGUGUAUUUUGUGUCUGCAUGAAGUGUCUGUUUUGACUGGCCAUUAAAAUGAUUUUAAAGUGUUAAUAUACGAACAUGAUGACAGUGAUGAUGAGGAAACAGAAUAAAACCACACAGUUGCUAUGCAAAAGCAGAGAAUUAUUUGAUAUCUGACCUGCUGCACUAUGAGUUUGGGCUGGGGUUUUUUAAUCAGAUAAAUGUUAAAUUAGUAUUUAGGAGGCUGUCAUUAUGUUCUGCACUUUCAAAAUCUCCUGUCUAGAUUAUGAAUAUUUCAAAGAUGUGAUGAGAGUUCACAAAGAUGAUGAAGGAACUUUGCUUGCUUGUGGCUCCCAGAUCGGAGCCGGUUUGCUGGGUUUCACAGAGAAACAAUGGAGCAGCAGCUGCGCAGUAAAAUCUUCUUUUUCCCUUGUGUGGGCUGAAAAUAUCAGGCCCACCAGGUCAAAAUCACUCUAAACAAAGAUGCGAAAGGCAGAAAAUAUAAAAGGUAAACCAGCUCCAGCUCACAGACAAAACUGUGAAUUUUACUUGUUUAGGUGCAAUGUUCUCAUGCAAAGACUUCUUCCACUGAGAUCCACAUAGCAAUAAACAAGGGAAAAAAGGGGGUUAUGUGUUCAUCUUAAUUAGCUUUCACAAAAUUGUAUAGAUUAAAUAAGCAUACAGUCUAAAUAUUUUAGAAAGUAUGUGAUAGAGACAAAAAAUAAGCAACUAAAUGAGGUUUUCUGAGUUGAUUAACUGAUAACUACAUCACUGACCAGUAACAUCGUCAGUAUUUUAUUUUUUAUUCAGCAUGACAUACUGUUUUGUCCUAAAUUGUGGGAUCAGCUAUGGAUGUUCCAGCCAUGAAUGCCUAUUCAGUUUACCAAAUAUAAACUUUUCUGUCCAGCAAUGUAAUAUAAUGUCAAUAAUUCAGUUUUGAUUGUGGACAGGGAUGGAUGAAGCGAGGGGCAUUCGGUUGGCUGCAAUCUGCUACUUUACCACUAGAUGCCACUAAAUUCUUCACACUACAUCGUUAAAUAAGUAAGAGUACAAUUCUGAAGCAGUACGACUGUGUGAAUUUCGUGUAAAUUUACUUUUAAGUAACAUAAUUAAUCGCUUUUGUUGCCCUUCUCCACUAAAGACUGAAAAACUCUUAAGUGCUAUUUUGGGGAAGCAUUCCAUCAAGCAAAACAUUGAAUAUGUUCUAAUGAAUGAGGAAAUAUACUGGAUGGAUAAUGCCUUUUUUGUUUGUUUUGUAUGUGUGUGCAGCUACACGCCAUAAAAGUCUUGGUAUAUGGAUGGACUUAAAUCGACAAACAUUGAUUCCAGGUGGAACAGCUUCCAGAGUAUCUGAUUUUUAAUGCAGUAAACAGAGACACCAUAUCAUGUUUAAUAUAUCCUUUAUUUUUAUUAAACAAAAUUUCAGUAAAAACUCUUAAGUAGAAAGACAAAUUUCCCUGUCAGUAGUUUGCUCCAGCUGUAGGGCGAUCCCCGACUCAACCCCCUCAUGUGUGGACUAAUCUCGAACAAAUCUCACCCACAUCGUUGUUCUCUCCCUUACUACAGCCACAUACAACACUCUCUUUAAAUCCGGGUUAAAAUCAAAGACAUCUCCUUUAAUAUUCUGGUAAAUAGUGGGUCACCUUCCCCAGUAAAUAACUUAUAAAAGAUGAGGAACGACUCAUAAAAAACAAACAAACAGCUGUAUUGGUCUAACAACACGUCAGUUGGUUACUGAGGACCGGGGAGCAGCCCUACACUGCUUCUCAAAGACCUCCACCUCUCCCUGUUUGUUCGCUCCUACUGAAUUAGUGCCACAAGAAAGAAGUGUUAACCAGCUUUUCACUAACUCUUGGGUCACAGCGGGAGAAAGUUGACAGAAUAUAAUGUCAAAACUACAGCAAGGACAGUAGUGUCUGUUACAAAGGCGUUAAAGCGGAGCAGUGAACAGGUGCACCGUGCACGUUGAGCCACCUCUGGCAGUGUUUUCAACUAUUAUUCUCUUUUUUUUGUUUCUUUUUCUUAUAAAAAAAAAGGAAGCUACAUGAUUAUCGUCACAAAAUAAAAUCUCUUUGGCAUAGAAUACCCACCCGAAAGCAUAAACA